AUGGAUGUUCUCACAUGGUUGAGAAGACAUCGAAUCGUCUUUGGCACCGACAUCGUCAAGAUGUUUCGACAAAUCAACGUGCACAAAGAUGACUGGGACCUGCAACGUAUUCUGUGGAUAGAUGAAACACAACGACUGGUAACCUUCCAACUCACCACAGUCACAUACGGGCAGAAAUGUUCCCCAUGGCUCUCGCUGAGAGUCCUGCAGCAACUAGUCAACGAUGAAGGUCAACGUUUCCCAGCAGCAGUGCCACCGCUAACUAAAGGGCGUUACGUCGACGAUAUUUACGGUGGAGCUGACUCCGAGGAAGAAAUCAAAGAAAUGAUAAUUCAACUUCAACAAAUCUGCCAUGCGGGCGGAUUUCCACUCCAGAAGUGGACGAGCAAUCACCCAGAGAUACUCGAGCAACUCAACUUGUCAACGGGAACGGCAGGUCCAGUGCAAUUCGAGGAGACAAUGAUAAAAACUCUCGGAUUGUGUUGGCAUCCAUCAACGGACUCAUUCCACUAUCAAGCAAAGACCUUCAACUCAACGAACUACACCAAGAGAACACUGUUGUCGGAAAUAGCUCAGAUUUUCGACCCUCUUGGAUUCAUCGCACCAGUCAUAGUUCGAGGAAAAAUAUUAAUCCAAGAACUCUGGUUGCUAAAAUCAACUUGGGAUGAUCAACUGCCACUUGAAUACGUACGACGGUGGAAAGAGUGCAGGGAAGAACUCACGCAACUCGACCAGCUCUCCAUCCCCAGAUGGCUGAGCCUAUCCCCAACGAUCACCAACGUACAAAUACAUGGAUUUGCAGACGCAUCGACGGUUGCCAUGGGGGCAGUCGUCUACUUACGAACUCAACGAGGCAACGAAACACCAACAGUCAACUUGGUGUGUGCGAAAACGAGAGGAGCACCACUGAAGAGAAUGACGAUUCCACGCCUAGAGCUCACCGCAGCCCUCCUGCUGACAAAAGUAGUCAGCUGGACUCAACAAACGUUGCAACUCAACGCAGAGAUAUACCUCUGGUCUGAUUCAUCGGUCGCCUUGGCAUGGAUCAACAGCCAUCCAUCACGAUGGAAGGAGUUCGUUCACAACAGAGUGACGAAAAUCCAGGAAGAAUUACCAACAGCUGUGUGGAGACAUGUUGGCGGAAUUUACAACCCCGCUGACUGUGCUUCACGUGGCAUAUCAACGCUCAACUCAACGAACAUCACCUGUGGUGGAACGGGCCUGACUGGCUAG